AUGGUCGUUCUCGCUGCUUCGAUAUGUACCCGUGGGGGGAAAGCUGUCCUCUCCAGGCAGUUUCGAGAGAUGCCACGAUCCCGCGUUGAGGCCCUGCUUGCUUCGUUUCCCAAGCUUGCCGACAGUGGCACACAGCACACGACGGUCGAACAGGACAAUGUCCGAUUUGUAUACCAGCCUUUGGAUGAGCUUUACAUGGUGCUCAUCACCAAUCGCCAAUCCAAUAUCCUGCAGGACAUCGAUUCGCUACAUCUGUUUGCCCAGGUCGUCACCAGCACCUGCAAGAGCUUGGACGAAAGGGAAAUUGUCAAGAAUGCAUAUGAUCUCCUCAGCGCAUUUGACGAACUGGUUACACUUGGUUACAGGGAGAACCUCACAUUGAGCCAGAUCCGAACGUUCUUGGACAUGGAAAGUCACGAGGAGCGAAUCCAGGAGAUUAUCGCACGGAACAAAGAGCUGGAAGCUACUGAGGAGCGGAAACGGAAGGCCAAGCAACUCGAGCUCCAACGAAAGGAUGCCGCCCGCAGUGGACGAGGCAAUGUUCCUCGAACGCCUGUCUACCCUACCUACACGACGCCUACGAGACCAGCCGAAACUACCAACUCCUACGAGGCCGAGAAGAACAAGACUUACACCAAGCCAACUGCUCCCAAGGGUAAGGGCAUGCAACUGGGCAAGAAGUCCAAGACAACCGACAUGUUCGAGCGAGUUCGCGGUGAUAUGGGUGGGGAGAUUGAUGAGAGUCCUCUCGUUGUUCCUGCUGCUGCCGCCGCCGCAGAGCCGGCGAGCCACCAUGCAUCCGCCCUUGAUCACGAUGCUAUCCAUGUGACUAUCAACGAAACAGUCAGCGCGAAGCUUUCAAGAGAGGGCGCCGUCAACUCUCUAGCUAUCAGUGGAGAUUUGACGCUUCGAAUUUCCGAUGCUAGCUUGACCAAGCUCAAGCUUGUGCUGCAUGCUGUUCCCUCGCAUGGCGCCCAGUUCCGCACCCACCCCAACGUCGACAAGAAUCUUUUCAAUAAUUCCAAGAUCAUCCAGAUGAGCAACACGGCCAGAGGUUUCCCAGUCAACAAUGCUGUCGGCGUUCUGCGAUGGCGAGCAACCCCCAAGGUGGACGACUCGAGCGCCUGCCCCAUCACAUUCACUGUCUGGGUAAACCAGGAGUCUGACAAGUACAACAUGACAAUUGAGUAUGAAUUGACUGGCGGAAGUGAGUUGAAGGACGUCAGUGUCGUCAUUCCCUACCAAGGUAGUGAACCCAUCGUGUCCAGCUUUGAUGCUUCCUACGAGGUAUCAGGUGAUGCUCUGGAAUGGCAUGUGGGCACUGUGGAUGAAGAGAACCCCAGUGGUUCCUUUGAAUUCGAAGCCGAGUCUCAAGAUGAGAACGAUUUCUUCCCCAUGAACAUCACAUUUAACAAGACGACACCAUAUAUUGAUAUCGACGUCUCAUCGGCGUCCUUGCUGGAAGAAAACGAGGAUGUGACUUUCUCCAAGGAGAUUAAGUCCCACGCCGACAACUUCCUGAUCGAAUAA